AUGCAACCGUUUUCAUGUGCUUCUCGCUCGCUUUAUCUUCCAGAAUGUAUACAAAGUGAUUUGGAGCUUCGUAGCCCUCAGAGUCGCUCUGUGAGCGAGCAAAAUGUGUUGCCAUCUGUAAUGCAACGCACUGUUAGCGUAUGCACGCUCGGUAGUUUUCACCUCGCAUCGCCGAUGUAUUUUUUUUUUUUUUACAUGCAGAUGCAGCACCAAUGGAGUUACUCUUCCGCUUACCAAGAAUCUCUUCCACCACCGGUGUUCUUGCCAAUACGGGCGGUGCAAAGGCGAAAACGCAAAGACUCCAAGGACUCACUGGAUUCUUGCUUUGUUCCAUAUGUCCGAGGCCGACCCCCGAACUUAUGUCACAUGACUUCGGGCCGGCACUUCCAUUCACCCGGCAUCCUGCAACGGCCCAUAUCGCUAAGUAUCAGAGCAAACGCCAUAACCCCAGCAAUCACGGACUUUGCAACCACUAUGGAGGGGUUCUUGUAG